AUGUAUCCCGACUUAUCUCCACACUUGCACACUGAAGAAUGCAACAUCUUGAUUAACUUGCUAAAGGAAUGUCACAAAAAUCACAGCUUUUUGAAAAUUUUUGGCCACUGCAACGAUCUUGAUCGAGAGAUGAGAAAAUGCUUAAAGAAUGAACACAUGGCAAAGAGAACCAAGAGCAGGGAACAUGGCAAUGUGGUACGAAAGAGACUUUUUAAUCCUCCAGAGGAAUUUGAAAAAUAA